AUGAACCCUAAAUCGAGGAGAGACAAAAAUAUUACCAAAUUGAUUAAAAAAAUAGGAGUGUCUUUAUAAAAGAGUUAUUUAAGCAAUAAAAAAAUAAAAAAACUAGGUUUAAAGUGGGUCUGCCCAAAAAUCAACUUUUGACCACUGUUGUUUUCUCUAGUGCGCCAUAAAGUUUGAAUAAUUCCUUUCAAUGCGAAGUUGGUGAUGCCGAUAAUUCACAAAAUGAUGAAAUUUUGAUAGCUUAAUUUUGUUUUAAAUCCAUUAGCAACUUGAUCAUUUUUUAAGAAAAACUUCAUCUUGAUCUUAGUCUGUUAGAUCUUAGUCUGUUAGAAUCUAUUUUAAGUCAUUUUAGAAUUAGUUAAACUUUGUCCCUAAGAUCUGUCAAGAUCCUUUUUUUGGAGAACACCCAACCUACUUUCUAAGCCUAUAUAAAGGCCCUCAUUGUAAUUAGAGAGAGAUACCUUUUUAGUUGAAUCACCUUUCUCCACUAUGAAAACCUCUCCCUCUUGCUUGUGGAUUCAAGCACUUCCUUGUGGAUUCAAGGGUUGAAGACUCUGAAUCAAUAGAUUCAAAGACAGGUUUCUUCUCUAAGAUUGGAGCUUCGUGGAUUCAAGCUAAUAUCUUAUUUAUCUUAUGUGUUACUGUUGUGUCAAUGAUACACUCAUUGAAUGAGUUUUGUCUCGGAUGUUCUGUAUAUGCUUCCAAAGAGGUGGAGGUGGUGCUACUAGACAUCGCCGGUGGCUUGGACAAUCUAUGGGCUGAUAGUGUCUCAGUUUAGGGACAGCGAGGAGAUGCUUUGAAUCCUAGGACAACCUAG